ACUGCAGAGAGAGACCAGCUACAAAAAAGUCUAAAUACCUCAACCAGAGAGAGAGACCAGCUACAGAAUAGUCUGAAUACCAUGACCACAGAGAGAGACCAGCUACAGAAUAGUCUGAAUACCAUGACCACAGAGAGAGACCAGCUACAGAAUAGGCUAAAUACCAUGACCACAGAGAGAGACCAGCUACAGAAUAGUCUGAAUACCAUGACCACAGAGAGAGACCAGCUACAGAAUAGUCUGAAUACCAUGACCACUGAGAGAGACCAGCCACAAAAUAGUCUAAUUUCCACAACCACAGAGAGAGACCAGAAAUAUAAUAGUAUAUUUUCUACGACCACAGAGAGAGACCAGCCACAAAAUAGUCUAAUUUCCAUGACCACAGAGAAAGACCAGCUACAGAAUAGUUUAAAUACCAUGAACACAGAGAGAGACCAGCUACAAAAUAGUCUAAUUUCCAUGACCACAGAGAGAGACCAGCUACAGAAUAGUCUGAAAACCAUGACCACAGAGAGAGACCAGCUACAGAAUAGUCUAAUUACCACGGCCAUAGAGAGAGACCAGCAACAGAAUAGUGUAAAUACCAUGAACACAGAGAGAGACCAGCUACAGAAUAGUCUAAAUACCAUGACCACAGAGAGAGACCAGCUACAGAAUAGUCUAAAUACCAUGACCACAGAGAGAGACCAGCUGCAAAAUAGUCUAAUUUCCACGACCACAGAGAGAGACCAGCUACAGAAUAGUCUAAAUACCACUGCCACAGAGAGAGACCAGCUACAGAAUAGUCUAAUUACCAUGGCCACAGUGAGAGACCAGCUACAGAAUAGUCUAAAUACCACGACCACAGAGAAAGAACAGCUACAAAAUAGUCUAAAUACCAGAACCAUUGAAAUAGAUGAGUUGACGAAGAGUCUGAACACUGCAGCUAUGGAGCGUGACCAGCUACAGAAGUUGAUAGAAAGGCUGAACUGUGAGAACAAAGGCUCCUGUCCUGAAGGAUGGAGAAGGUUUGGCUGCAGCUGUUACUACCUCUCUACUGAGGAGAAAUCCUGGGAGGAGAGUAGACAGGACUGUCUGGAGAGAGGAGCAGAUCUGGUGAUCAUUAACAAUGAAGAGGAACAGACAUUCAUCAAUGGGUAUAAAUCAGUCAAAUAUGCCUGGAUUGGUCUGACUGACUCUGUUACUGAGGGGACCUGGAAAUGGGUGGACGGCACCCCACUGACCACAGCAAGGUAUUGGGAUGAUGGACAGCCCAAUGGUGGUACAUUCCAGAACUGUGGGGGAAUGACUUACAAGUCGUCAGGCCAAGGAGCAUUGUGGGAUUUUGAUUGUAUCUAUUCAAAACAAUGGAUCUGUGAGAAAUAGGCUUCUCAUAAGUACUUUCUCUGCACUGCUGAUGAAUGAACUCUCUACUGUAUGUUAAUGAUGGUCUGAAGACUGGUGUGAUUUGAUAGAAUGGUACAAACACAUGCACACAUUCAGAAACACACACACAAAGACACUGAUCUGAACCUGAGUCUCCCAUGGGGGAAACCAACGUCUUAAUUAGACGAGGUAAUUCCCUCUCGGACUGAGAUCUGACACUGAUUUUGAAGUUGCAGGGCAGGGCUACCUCAUCACUUGACCAUGAGCAACCAAUCAUGACCAACUCAUGUCUACUACACAAGCUGACACAAUAAUGUAUUAAUUUGUCAAUCAAUAAGGUGUAGAAUAGGGGUAUAAUAUCAUUCAAUAGUCACUGUCAAUCAAUCACUAUUAAGUUUUACACUUCGAAAUAGAUUUGAAAUGACUGUAUAUGUUUAUCAGGUAUGCUUACUUCUUCUGCGUUUAUUAUUCUGAACAUACACAUUGUGUACUUCCUGCUAAUUCAAUAAAUAAUUCAACCAAGAUUAAAGACA